CUGAGCUAAACAGAACAUUCAUAGAUACAAAUUGACUAACGUCUCAGCAAGGAUAAUCAGGCUGGUUUUCUACAUCAGAGAUGCUUCAUUUUAUAAAUACUGUCACAUUUGUAACUGCAGCAGCCCUAGUGUUAGGCAGUCAGGCUUAUCCAGAAACACUAGUCACACAAGGAACAUGCACCCUUGUGCAAGGGCCCCCAGGGCCCAGUGGUAAAGAUGGAACCAAUGGACUGAAAGGUGAACCAGGCCUAAUAGGAGAACCUGGAGCCCCAGGACCAAAGGGAAGCACUGGGCCUCCAGGAAAAGUUGGACCUCCAGGGCCCAAGGGAGAUCAAGGAGAAAAAGGUAUACGAGGAGAUAUUGGAGCGCCAGGUCCUCAAGGAGAUCCUGGAACACCAGGAAUACCAGGAACAUCAGGACCCAAAGGAAAUCAAGGAGAAAGGGGGCUGCCUGGGUUUCCUGGAGACCACGGUUUUAAUGGAGUCCCUGGAGCACUUGGACCUAUGGGACCCAAAGGAAAUCAAGGAGACAGAGGACAAGCUGGUCAGAAAGGAGAAAGUGGAGAUACAGCAGAUAAUAGUGUUGUCAAAAAAGUUACAGACCUGGAAACCAAACUUGCUCGUUUGGAAAAGAUGUUGAAAAGUGUGCAGGAAGCUAAUUUGCAUAUGCGGAGAGAGCUGAGUAUGUUCGCUGGCAAAUAAAACUAGUAACUGGGAGAGUAUAUAUUGGAUAGUCAACAACAAGUAUAAUGAUCAGGACGAGAUAAUCAUUUUAUCCUAUAAUUAAAGUUAAUGAGUUUGUCUUUA